AUAUUUACAAGUAGGCCUACAAGUUAGUUUGGUAGGCCAACCAUUUAGUUUUGAUCGCACAGCCUUCUGCCAUUGCUUCCGUCUUAAAUUCACAUGAAACAAGACACCAAGGGUAUGUGGUGUCUAAAGGUUUAUGCCACGGGAGCCAUUGUCUGUGCUUUCAUAGCACACCUGCCAACUGGUGAAGCGAAGGCCUCAGAAACACUGAGUCUCUCAGAUGCACAAUUUUGCCAGGGCGGAUUAGAAGUGAUAUACCCGGAGAUUGACAUCAGUGACUGUAUGAUCAUCCCACCAGGACUGAGGCAGAGGAUCAGUAAGGAAUGGGGCCCCCCAAAAGUGAGAAUGGCAAAUGCUAAGAAGGGAAAGUACGUCCUGAUGAUGCUCGACCCAGAUGCCCCAAGUCGAAGCAGCCCCACUCGUGCUAGCUGGAGGCAUUGGCUCGUCGUAGAUAUUAAGGGCAGUGAACUGAGGACUGGGACCAUUAUAGGCUCCGUACUCUCAGAGUACAAGCGUCCAACGCCACCACAACACUCCGGGCUGCACCGCUACCAGUUCAUGCUCUUCAAACAGCCAGACGAUCAGACUCUCUCGCUCAGCAAGAAGGAGAUCGUCUCACUGGGGAACUGGGAGCCUCAAGCAUUUAUUGGCAGAUUCGGGCUGCGACGUCCGAUGGCCUCCGUGCAGUUCCUCACCCAGAACUAUGAGGACUGAGGAAUGUCUUCCUGUCUGUCGUCCCCAGUAGUCCAUAAAACAUGGACGGGUGGCAUCGUUCCACUCAUUCAAGGGCUCUUGGGUUUCAGCUGUUUAAUGUAAUUGGAUGUAGACUGUAGGAUUUGAUUGAAUGUCUGGACUUAAAAAGAAUACCCCACAGACAUUGGCAGUGUAGUUGGUGUUCUAAAGUUCAUUGUCUGGGGAAUAGAUGGCAUGUUUUGUGCUGCCAGUAACUGUUACUUGAUUAUGCAGCACAAGGCUUUUAGUAAGUAUAUCAUAAAAGCUCUUCAGCUAUGUGUGUUUGGUUAGUUAGGACCGUCUCCUGCUUUGAUAAUCAGUCAUUUUGUUUAAAUCAGUGUCUAAUCUAACUGAACUGCCAGCCAGUAUGUGUAUGAAAAAGUGACACUGAUUUGUUUUUUAGUGGCAUCUUCAGUCUAUGGAUUGCAUAACAAGAGCAUGAAAAAAUCUUUUUUUCUCUCUCUCUCACCCUCUCUCUUCCGAAACUUUAAAACCAGCAAAAAUAGGCACGCUAUAACCACAUUGUGUAUUUAUGUCCAAGUCUGCACCAGAAGCAGUAUUUUUAACCCAUUCAUUUGCGUGCCUGAUGCAAGUUCCUUGUAGUGGUAGAUGAGCCCGGCCUGCAUGAGUUCAUUCAGCUUAAUAAAAAAAACGGUCACCUAUGUAAAUUGAAGUUGCAAUUGUGAUUAUGUGAAUGUUUUGCUGCAUUUCAGCAGUUUUCAUUUCUAGCUGUGCUACUGUCAGUGUUUAACAAACCAAGCAUCCAGCCCACAUUGUUAUGUAAACAAAUAAAAAAUCCCCAUCUUUG